AUGAGAGAGUCAGACUCGGAUGAAGACGGGGAUGAAUACUACCCCCAGAUAUAUUACCCAGAUCUAAGCGAGGUGGAAAACCCAUUUAGUUCUCAAAAUUCACGCCACACUCGUCCAUCGAGCCCGACCCAGAGUCACUCACAUUCACAAGCCCAAAGUAGGGAAGUUCUUUCCGAUUCUUCGACACCCAUCGCCGAGAAUUGGUGCGUCACAAAGGUGAUUGUGCAAAAGUUCUCGUACAAAUGGACGAUCCACAACUUCUCGUUUUGCAAGGAAGAAAUGGGUGAAGUUCUGAAGUCGUCGCAGUUCUCGGGGGACCAGACGGGCGACAAAAAGUGGUGCCUCAGAGUCAACCCAAAAGGAUUGGACGAAGAAAGCAAAGACUACCUAUCACUCUACUUGCUGCUUCUUUCGAACAAAUCCGAAGUCAGGGCGAAGUUUAAAUUCUCGAUUUUGAACUCGAAGGGCGAGGAAACGAAAGCGAUGGAAUCUCAGCGAGCUUACAAAUUCGUGAUGGGCAAAGAUUGGGGGUUCAAGAAAUUCAUCAGAAGAGACUUUUUAAUGGAAGAGGCGAAUGGACUUUUGCCAGAUGAUAAGCUUACGCUUUUCUGUGAAGUUUCCGUCGUUCAGGAUUCUGUCAACUAUUCCGGACAAUCGUCUCUUUCGAAAAUUCAAGUGCCAGAAUCCACGCUGAAGUCCGAACUGGGCGAUUUGCUCAAGAAUCAGACCAUGUGCGAUGUGAUCUUCGAGGUCGACGGCUUCGAGAUCCCGGCGCACAAGGCGAUUCUGAGUGCGAGAAGCGAAGUUUUCAGGUUGAUGUUUUGUCCAAACUCCAAUUUCCGCGAAGCACAGAUGAACACAUUGAUUCCAAUCAAGGAUUUGGAAAGAGAUGUCUUUCAAGAAAUGCUUCAAUUCAUUUACACCGGCGAAACGGAGAAACUCUCCCACAUGGCCGACGAUCUUCUAGCCGCCGCGGACAAGUAUCAACUCGACCGUCUCAAGGUGAUGUGCGAAGAAGCGCUCGCCUCAAAUCUGACAGUUGAGAACGUCGCUUCGAUUCUGAUCAUCGCAGAUAUGCACAAUGCGACGCAGCUGAAGAAAAUUGCGCUGCACUUUUGCAACUCAAACGUAAAGACAGUGCUGGAAACUGAAGGAUGGAAACAGAUGAUCUCCCAGAACCCCUCGCUCGUCAGCGAAGCCUACAAAUCUCUUGCUAAUCUCCACUCGUCAAAGGAGCAAUCAAGCGAACUCUCCCCGGACACACCUCCACGGAAGCGGAUCAAAUCUGCCCAAAGCUAG